AUGGACAACGAUAAUAACCAAGAAGAGACGCUGAUCCGGAGACAUCAACAGCAACAGGAACAGCAGAGACAACGAUUACAACAACAGCAGCGCCAACACCCGCAAUCUCAACAACAACACCUUCGCGUCGACUCACGUCUUGGCCAUCAUCAGGGCCACAACCAACUCUUGACCUCAGCCUUCCAUCCACCACCUCCUUUCCCUCAGCAAUACCAAAGCGGUAGUGGUAUUCCUCUAGCUCCACGACAGCAACCCCAGCAACACCCUUACGGACCGUCUUCGAUGUCCUCUUCCUCCUCGUCUUCUGUUGGUCCCCGCUCGGAGCAGCUCAUUUCAAGCAGCAGCAGGAACAGUACUUUUACCGCCCAGCAGCAGCAGUAUCUAACAGGUCCUCGAGGUGGGGGUGUGGCACAAGGUCCAGCUGAGGAGAUGUUUGGAUUUGGCGGCGGUGGUGGCAUGUCGGCUGAGGCACGAGAACAGGAAGCUGAAGCACUUGCGAUCCAUAGGCAGUACCAGCAACGUCUCUUGCAAGAACAGCAACAACGCCGCACGUCACCUUCUACACCAGCUACGCCUCGUCUUCCUGCAGCACAUCCCUUCCAGAAUCAAGCGCCCAAUAUUACACACUGGCAACAGCAACGACAGCUGCAGCAGCCACAGCAUGUGUGGCACGUGCAACCAUCGCAGCACCAGACAUCAUUGCAGCAGAGCCAGCGUGGUCCCGUCGGAAUGUCGAGUACACCCUUCUUGGCCCCCGCGCAUCCAACCACCACGACUGGUCGCCAAAGGUCUUCUCCGAGGUUGUCGAGUUCCACGUCAGGCCGUCAUGCAAGCCCUGUCUCGUCGUCAUCGUCGUCUUUGUCUUCGCGCCCAAGAGGUAGCCCGGUUAGCUUUGGGCGUGUGAGCCCUUACCCACCUCCGCAACUGACACACCGAAGUCAAGAUCAUCAAUAUCAUCGGCAGUCAGGCGCCACGAUCGAUGUCAAUGCUCUUCCCAACUUGAAUCCAGAUCCUGCGCUGCGACGACAUGAUCACUCGCAACAACAACAGCAGCAGAGCCAGAGGGAUAUCCCUCCACCUCUCCUCACGAUAUCUCGCCUUCAAGCGGGCAGAGCACCAUUGACUUCACCACCAUCAGCGAGACCGACACCCCCACCGCCUCCUGCCUAUGAUGUUGGUGGUAGUGGUAGUGGUGGUGAUGGAAAUGGAGACGGCUCUGGAUACGGCUCUACAUGUCCACAUGAACCACGUCCUGUUGAGACGGUCCUCCCGGCCCAAGCACCCAUUUCGAUCUACGGCCCUCGAAACAGCGGCGGCGGUAUGGGUGAUGACGGGAGCGCAGGUGGAGAUCUCGAGAUGGAUUACAUCCUAGAAGAAGAGGAGCAAGGUCCACCUCCGAUCGAGGUGACUCUGAACGUUGACAUUCCCAAAUCCUCACGCCCGCCCACGGAAGGAGUUCCGAGCACGACCGUGUUGAAUGUCAACCCAUCUUGGCAUGUGGUCUUUGUCGAGACGAUUCAGCAACAGCGGGUUCGGACCUCGGUUCGGAUCCAGUUCUGUCCGAGCUCGUCGACAGCUCGGUUGGUUGAACACCGGUCUAAGGUCCGCAGACUGCAGACUGUCCAAGUGAUUGGGUAUGCGAGUCGACGCGUCGAGUUGAGUCGACGGAUCCAAGGCCAGGCUCUCCUGAACCGAGGUGGACUCACCAUUCACUUGGAUCCUGCAUCGAUCACAUUCAACGAGGCCAGUUACGGGUUUACAUUGUCGCUGACUAGCUUCGAGAUAGACCAACUGUCGCGAACACGCAACAGUCGACCAGACAUCCCCCUGCCACUUGCGCGUCAACAAAAUUCUGCAUACUGUCGUCGAAACCUCAAGGAGAUGUACUACGACAUCAUCUCUAAGGACGUCUCCAUCACUCUUCGACCGUCUGGCGAAGUCUUUUACGCGCAUAGCGUUGUCCUUGAGAGUCAUGCCUACUUCCGAGCACUGAUCGAACAACAGAAUCAGUCGUCGCAAUCGUCUAUGGCAGCAGCAGGACAAGAUGCAGAGGAUGAAGGAACCAGAAUGAUGGCUGUUGAGACUGAGGCGGUCGUUGACGAAGAAGGAUAUGCCCAGCCUCUGCGCCCUCAACCGCAGCAGCGAUCAUCGGAUAGACAGGGCUCGUCUCGGUAUCCUCAUGGUGGUGGUGGGCCAUUCAGUAUUGGAGGAGGAGGAAAUGGCUCAGGUCAGGCGAGCCAGGAUCGGUCUCGAGCAAAGAUCAUGAUCGAGGUGAACGACACGAGUUCAGUGGUAUUUCGUGCAGUGCUGCAUUUCAUGUACAUAGGCCACGUCCCUGUUACCGGUGUCUUUGCCAAUCAGGCACCGCAGCCGCAACCGCAGCAAGCAGCUGCCUCUUCUGCCACUGCCACCCAGGAUGCCGGUUCAGUUACCAUGUCAGCAACUGCACUUGCUAUGACCACAGCUACAGGCGUUGAAUCUGGCUCAGGCUCUACUGUCAUGACUGGACUAGAGGCUCUCACUGCAGCUGCGACUCUAGCAGCAACUGAGGCAGCCUCUGGCACGACGUUAUCUUCUAUAAGUGGACCGUCCUCUGCCUUGGGCGCCUCAACUGUGGAUCUGCCUAUGGGUCCGCCGCCUUCUCCCUUGACACCUAUCGUCACCUCAGCCGUAGCUCCGACACUUAUGCCUGGCACCACCACCACUACUGACAAUGCCAUCGGUAACGGCAAUGGCAAUGCACCGGCAGCAGCAGCAGCAACUGCGGCGACAACAACAACAACAACGACGACGACGACGAUGGUCGGAGAGUUUCCCUGGCGCGACGUCUACGAAGUUGCGACUCGUUACCAACUCUCUGGUCUAAUGCACUUGUCCAAGGUAGCCCUCCUCUCACGUCUGGAUGUCGAUCGAGCGGUCCGAGAGCUGUUCGAAUGGGUCUACCACCACAAACCCCUCAUCCCAGCCUACGUCAGUUUCUUGAUCGAGCGAGUUGAUGUGACGGUUCUGAACGGCCGACGGUCGAUCCUCUGGCCAUACCAUGAUCUCUGCCCGGCCUAUGAUGAGAUUAUGAUGGACUUUAUGAGGUUGUUGAGUGAGCGCAAGAAUGCCAGCACCUUGAUCUAA